AGCAGCGUAGGGCAGUGUUUCCGGGGGGGGGGGGAGCUUGCAUGUGUGUGGGAUAUAUGGAAAUGUUCAACUUUCAACUUGACAACUUUUGACUUGAACGACGACCGUUGAACGUCGCCGCUUUAGUUGACUGCAAACUUUUCCCGACGUUAGCGAGCGGAGCGGCUAGCUACCUAGCCUGUUAGCUCAUGUAGCUUAGCGCUCCCGAGAGCACACGCUAGCCCACCGGAAGUUGGCCUCGUCGGCCACCGCCGGCCAAUGGGCAGCAGAAGCGGAAGCGAGCCGGACGCGGGCCGCUUUAACGCCACCGAGGUGCUCGACAGCGGCUCCGAGGACGACGACUCCGCCGAAGACGACCACCCGGCCCGGGCGUCCGCUGGCAGGAGGGGCGUCAAGCGGGAGAGGGACGAGCGGGCGCCCGCCGCCCCGCACCCCGGCGGCGGCGGAAUGCCGGCGGCCAAGCCCGGCAAAAAGACUCGGGGGAGGGUCAAGAUCAAGAUGGCGUUCAUCGACAACAAACUGCGGCGAUACACGACCUUCAGCAAGAGGAAGACGGGCAUCAUGAAGAAGGCGUACGAGCUGUCUACGCUGACGGGCACGCAGGUCCUGCUGCUGGUGGCCAGCGAGACGGGUCACGUGUACACGUUCGCUACGCGCAAGCUGCAGCCCAUGAUCACGUCGGAGACGGGCAAGGCCCUCAUCCAGACGUGCCUCAACUCGCCCGACUCGCCGCCGCGCUCCGACCCGGCGGGCGACCAGAGGAUGAGCGCCACCGGCUUCGAGGAAACCGAACUCGGCUACCAAGUGAGCGAGGCCGCCGACGGGUGCCCCGACAUCGCCAAGGACCUCAACAAAGUGGUCUUCAGCGUGUCCAACACGGCCGCCACCAGCGCGCCGUCCACGUGGGCGCGUUCCGGCGCCGCCGACGGGACGCUGCUCAAGACGCCGGCGGGAGUGGUCUUUCCCGCCGGGUUCGCCCUGAUGUCAGGUACGUCGCUGCCCGCCGUGACGCACAUGCCGCAAACCACGCUCUUGCGCCUGCCUGCCACCGUGGCGCUCGCAGGGGGCGGAGUCUCACAGGUGCUAUCUACUAAUCAGAGCAGAUGUGACCUCCUUAGCCCAGCCUCGUCCCCAGGCCACGUGACGUGUCCCAGAGGCCGCGCUCUCACGUACGCACCGGCCACACCCUCCCCGGGCGACGCCGGCCUAACCGUCCUCAACGGCCAGUCGCACGAGCCCGCGUCCGUCCCGCAGGUGUUCCUGACGUCGCUCACCCCCGUCGCCGCGCAGAUCCCGGCCUCCGCCGUGCAGCUGCACCAGGUGGUGCUGAGUCAGCAGCAUGGAGAAGGCGGGGCCAGCCUGGCGGCGCUUCAGGUCGUCAGUCUGGACGCGCAGCACGCCAAAGACGACUGACGCGCGCUCUCGACCGCAACAAGAAGCGGCGUUUAGUUUGAGCCGCACAAUUCCGCUGGUCUUGGUCCACAAAACAAAACAUGUGAUUUGUCUGUCUGUCAUUUACAGUCAACCCCCGCUAAUUCGCUAAUUGUUCCAGAUCAACAAUCUGCAAUAGAGAACAAAUAUUUAUACCUCACAUGAGUUUUAAACACAUUUACAUUAAAAAUACUUCUUUGAA